AUGACCAAAUGGUCGUCAUUUCCUGAAAACAGACUCAACUGUUCUGUUCCCGGAGAAUACCCCUUCUAUUUCGACGAAGUUCAGUCGGUCACGAAUGCCAUCACCGGCACCUACGGGGGACAGAUUCGCGAUAUCAUCUAUGCCGUGUUCACAACGCCGCCCAACUCCGUCUCGGGGUCUGCCGUGUGCGCUUUCUCUAUCCGCUCCAUUCAGGAUACUUUCGAUGGGGAUUUUAAGGGACAGGAAACACAACAAUCGAACUGGCUUCCCGUACCUCGGAGUAAGAUACCCAAAAGUCGACGACCAGGCUCUUGUAUUCCUACGGAUGAGGCUCUUCCCGACGAUGAAUUUGUCGGCUUCAUACAGUCACACGCUCUCAUGGAUGCAGCUGUUCCCGGAUUUUUUAACCGCCCAUUCGUCAGUGCAUUCGGAUACCGCUUUACUACGAUCGCCGUUGACCCUCAAGUCCGGCUUCAAGAUGGACGGACUAUCGAUGUUCUUUUUUUAGGAGCAGGAGCAGCUCUGUCCAUAGUUAAACUCAUCAACGUUAUAUCGUACGAAACUAUAGAUUCUGCAGAGCCGAUUAUUAUCGAAGAGAUUCGAAUUUUCUCGCGACCAGCGACUAUAACUAACAUGUACCUCGUGAAGGAAACAAAUGUAGGAGAAGAGCAAAGUAAAGGAGGGAGGCUGAUGAUAUUAACGCAUGACGAGGCAAAAUCUAUUGACACUCAACGCUGUCACAGAGCCAUGACAUGCAAAUCCUGCGUCAGUUUAAGAGAUCCGUAUUGCGGUUGGGACGUUCAUGAGAGAAAGUGUGUCAAAAUUUCGUUGGGUUCUAAUACUGGAGAAUCUAUGGUCCUUCAAAACAUAACCGGGUAUCACUACCAGUGUUCUGUUGUUGAUGAGGACGAUCAUGAUAAUGAUGACGAUGAUCAGGGUGACGAUAACAACGACGAUGAAUUUUGUGAUAACGAUAAACAUUCAAUCGACCAUGAGAAUUCUUUGAUAAUCUACAAUGAUAAUACAUCGACAGAGUAUCCGUAUGAUGAUACAACGGAUGACGGUAUUUCUACAGAGUAUAUAACGGAGGUUGAUAUUUCGACAGAGUAUCUAUAUGAGGAAGAUAAUUUUUCGACAAAGUUAUAUACACCCACGCACGGAGCCCGUAUAUCCUAA